AUGGCAAAAGAAAUUGAAGAAUAUUUUAUCAAAAGACUGUCUUCUUAUUUAUUAGAAUAUUUAUAAGAUUUCUCAUAAAAUAAUAUGGCUAAAGUAAUAUAAAUCUUUAUUAAUAAAGUUUUCCUUAGGAAUCUCUUCUAAUAUUGUAUUAAAGAAUUUGUCCAUCAAAAAACAAGCUUUACUUAAUUUCAAAUUCCCGCUAUAUAUUAUUGAUGGCAAAAUCAAUUCCAUUACUUUAAAUGUAAGUUUAUGAACUUAAAACCUUUAAAGAUGCCACUUAAUUAUAAAAAACAUUAACCAGAAUUAAUCAUUGAAGGAGUAGAGUUACUUGUAUGUACAAUUUAAGAGAUCAACUAAUUCACUUAAAGCAAAGAUAAUCAAUAGUAAGGAGUUGAAAAUUUGAAAAAACAUAAAUUAAAAUUGUGGGAAGAAUAAAUGGCAAAAUAUUUUGAAAAAUUAUCUCCUCCAAAUUGGAUUCAAAAAAUUGUUGAUGGUAUUUUUAAUAAUAUGUCUAUUAUUAUAAAGUAAUUUAAUUUUAGAUUUUACAAUUUCUCAAUACUUGAAUAAGAAACUAUUUUAAGAAUUAAAUUUGAUGCAUAUAUUAAAGCAACAGAUAAUGAAUUUAAAUAGAACUUUAAUAAUGAUCAUAAUAGCACAUUUAAAUUACUAUAAAUAAAUAAAUUAAGUAUAUCAUUGAAAAAAAAUCCAUCUAAUAUUCUAACUAAUAAAAAUGCUUAAAUGAUUCUUAUGCCUAUUGACAUUGAAAUAAAAUAUACUGUAAAUAAAAAUUAUGAAUAACUUACCUAACCAAUUAUGAUACUUGAAGUUUUAAUAUAGUCUCCUGUUAUAUUUAAUUUAAAUAAGGAAUUAAAAAAUUAUUUAAUAAAAUUAAAUGAGGUACUAUCAUGUUAAGAAAUAAUUUAAGAUAAUUUUCAUCUUAGACCUACAAAAGAAAUAAAAAAUAAUUACUCAGAGAAAGAAAUAAAAAAGAUUUAUUCAGAAUGGUGGAAAUAUUUUAUUAAUUCUAUAAUUUUAAAAUAAAAGAGUUAAAAACUUGAUUUAAGUUUCUCAUAUAAAAAACUAGUGUCAAUGAAAAGAUACAUAUAAUUAUAUAAAAGAAAAUAGAAUAUAGUUUUAGUGCCUUGGCUUUCUUAAUGGACAGCAAAGGAUGAAGUUAAAUUUAAGAAUUGUGAAGAUAAUUUAUCUCUUAAAGAUUUAUUGAAAUAUAGAGAAUGGGCAUUUUAAGAAAUUAGAAUGGAAGCAAAAAGAUAUUAUAAUUCUGCAAAAGAUGGUUAAAAUGAUUAAAGUGUAAAACCUUUAUUAGAAAUAUGGACAAACACUAUUAAUAAUUAAAAUUCAUUUAAAGAUCAUACAAAGAGAAAUGAUGAUAUUCCAAUAGAACUUGAUGAUGAUGAAAAAAUUAAUUUAUAUGAAAUUUUAGAAAGAGAUAAAACCAAUGUUUUAGCAAGUUAUUUGAAAGGUGAAAAUAAUCAUCCUAAUUAAUUAAAGAUUGAUUUUAGACUUAAAAUCCAUUCAAUUUUUAUUUUGAUUUUUGAAAAUCGAGAACUUAAUUUUGUUAAAUAUACACCUGAAAAUACUAAAAUAUUUAAAUUUUGUUAAUGUAGAUAUCAUAUUAAACUGUUAAAAAAAUAAACAUCUACAAGAAAGAAAGUUAGAUAAUCAUCUAAUGUAAAUACUCUAACUUAAGUAUAUAAUGAAACUAUAAAACAGAAUGAAGAUAAAGAUUUUCAUUCAGCUAAUUAUAUAGAUAGUUUUUAUGAGGAUAUGGAAGAUUUAAAUGGAAUUAGUUCAGAUAUAUCUUAAUCUUCUGAUGGUUUUGAAAAGAAAAAAAAAGUAUAGAUAUGUGAAUAAAAAUUAAAUGCUGAUUAACCUUUACAUUAAAGAUUUGUUCUUAUGAUUUGUAUUAUAGGAAUUUAAGUUCCAUUAAAUAUUUAUUAAAAUGGUGGAAUUCAAACUCCUUAAUAAAAGGGAUAAAAAGAAUUAGAAGAAAAGAUUUAUAUAGGAGAUAUAAAAUUAAUUGCUCCAGGUAUUUUAUUAAAAAUCAUGGAUGAAAAAGAACCUAAAAAUUUUAUCUAAUCUCCUUUAUUUAGAAAAUCUCCUGAGGAAUUUGAAAUUAAAGAAAAAAAAGAUUAUAAAAAGUCUUAAAUUAAAUAUUGUGAAUUUUUUAAUGAAAUAUUUGAAAUUUCAGUUAAUAAAGAUUCAUAAUAAUUUCUUAAUAGUGAAAUCUGUUAUUAAUUGUUAGGAGAGUUUUUGAAAUUAAAUAAAAUGUUAAAUGUAAAAAGUUUUUUAGAUGAUUAUGAAAGAGAUAAAAAUGGAUUUUAAGAUUUUACUACUGAAUAAUUUAAGAUCUAUGAUAAAUAUUUUGAUGAUAGAUAAGAACCAGAAGAUCCACUUUUUAUUCAUAUCUCAAAAUAAUAAAUACCUAAUGAGAAAAGUGAGAAAAAUGAAAAACAUUUUUGGGAUCUUCUUAGAAAUGUAACUAUAAAUACAAAUGAUAGAGAAAAACCUAAUUAAUGGAUAAUUUGUGAUAAUAAUGAUAAACAUGUUUUUCUUUAAGAAUCACAUAAUAGAAUUGUUGAUAUAAUAAGAAAAGUUUUAUUUAUUCCUUUCAUUGAAGAAUUUGGAGAGUUAAUACUACCAACAUGUAUAAGUAAUUUAAAGGAUAAAUUGACAUUCCCUUUAAUUUAAACAAAAAAAGAUUAAAAUUAACAAAAAUAUGCAUUAUAAAUAUUUUUAUAUUUAAAAGGUGAAGAAUCUGAAUAUAGAAUAGUUAGAAAUAAUCAAUCAAAUAAAGUUAAUUCAAAAGAAACAAUUUUUUAAAAGAAAAAAAAAUCUAAAAGUAAAAUUAAGGUUAGGUUGACUGCAAUUACUUUUUUAUUAUCAACAAAAGCUGUUAAUUCAUUGCUUUAUUUUUUAGAAAAUUAGAAAUAACAAAUUUUUGAAUCACAAGCCUAUUAAUAAUGUAAAGAAGAUCAUAAAUUAUUAUAAUGUAUUGUAAAGAGUAAACCAUUAGCUAAUGAAACAUUAAAUUAAUAUAAAUUAAAGUUUUCGCUUAAAAUGAAUGAGAAAUUUAAAAUUAGAAUAGUGACUGAUUCUAUUGCAACUAAAAUAAAAACAGAAUUAAAACUUCAAAUUAAGAAUCUAUUAAUAUCAACAAUAAAUUUAGAAAAGAUGCGUGAGGAUAAAGAUUUUUAAAAAAAUUUUACAUAUGUAGAUAGAAAUAAAUUAGAUUAAUUUUUUUAAGAGUAAAAGUAUUAUUGUAUAAAUAAAAUAAUUUUAGAGUAAUUUUAAAUAGCUCAUAAAUAUUUUUCGAUUGAUUAUAGAUAUUAUAAUGAGGAGAUGAAAAAUUAUGAAAAAUAGAUACAAUCUUAAAGAAGUGGUAAAGAAUAAUUAAAUUCCCCUCCAUUAACUUUUUAAAGAAACAAUAGUUAAUAGCAUUUAAGGUAAGUUUAACUUCCACUAAGACAUGCUGUUACUACAAAAAAUUAAUAAGAAGAUAUGCAAUAGUAAAGUAAACCACUAAAUAAAAUAAGUGGAAUUAAAUCUAUAAUAUUGGAAUCAAGAUUAUUAAUUUAUACACUUGAUUCAUUAGUAGAGAAUCAUCCAUUAAUUACAGAUAAGAAAUUAUUUAUUUAAAUUCCAUAUUUUGAUCUAUAAAUUAAUGAUUCAUAAAUAUGUUUUAUUGAAUUAUUAAUGAUAAUUAAUAAGAAAUUGAAAUAAAAAGAAAAGAAAAAACAUCAAGAAUCUAGAUAUUAGAUGAGUAAAGAUAGUUUGAUGAGAGCAGAAUUACUAAUGUUAUAAAAAGAUCAUAAAAAAUAAAAAAGAGAUUGUAAACAUUGUAUUUUAAGAUUUCGUAAAAGUUUGUAUUUGACUAAUAUAAUAUUUGGUUCAAUUCCAAAAAUUUAAAAUGAUAUAAAUUUAUUUUCAUUGUUUGAAUUUGAAAAUGAAAUGAUUUAUAUAAGAACAUAAUAGAAGAAAAUAGAAGAAUAAAAAAUAUCAAAAAUAAUAAAAAGUUAAGUAACUUUUGUUGAGAACCAUAAAAAUUCAGGAAUAUCAAUUUAAUUUAAAAGUACACCUAAAACAAGUAAGAGUAUUUGUUAUAUAACUAUUUUUGAAAUGCCAUUAUUUAUAAUUACUCAUGAUAAAGGUUAUUUUAAAGAUACUAUUGCAAUUCAUUGUAAAAAGACUCCAACAUAACCUGAAAUGUCUUAAUCAAAUAAAUUAGAAAUGCCAGGGAAACCUCCAGUAAUAGAAAAAUACAAAUCUGUUAAAGAUCCAGAAUUAAAUAAAUAAUCAUAAUAAUUUAUUAUGGAUGAAAUAAAUGAAUCUAAUAUUUAAUCUAACAUUGAAAAAACUCAUCUUGUUUUUGAACCAUAAUUUAUGGUAUUAGAAUCAUAAAAUUUAAGUGAUAAAUUAGAUGAUAAAUUUAUGUUCUAUUGCAGAAAUAAAGAACCAGAAAUGUUUAAUCAUGAUUUUAAUGAAUAUGAAGAUAAGGAUUAAUCCUCAUAACAUAAUUAACAAGAUUAUAAAAAUGUGAAGGAUCCAAUAUAUUUAUUAUUCUAUUUUCAUAAACCUUUAAGAGCUAAUCUAUUAUUAUAUGUAGCUGAAGAAAUAUAUUAAGAAAGACAUUCAAAAAUGAAAUUAUUUUUUGCUAUUGAAAAUAUUAAAGCUACAUUUAUUAAUUAAUUUGCUACAUAUAAUCUUAUUACUAUUUUAAAAAACAUCAGUACCAUAAUGAAUAUUUAGGAACAGGCAUUUAAUUUAAUAAAUAAAGAUUUAAUAAAAGAAGAAAAACAAAAGGAGGAAUUAAAAGAAAAUCCUUUAAAAAUAAUUGAUGAAUUGAUUGUAUGUGCAAUUAUUUAAAAAAUCUAUUUGAAAUCAAAUGAAACAUUUUUUCAACUUAUUUAAUUGAGAGUAUUCAUAUAAAUAUAUUUGAUGGAAAAAUAUAGAUAUAAUCCUGUUUAGAAAAGAUCUUAUUAAAGUUAUUAUCCUUAAGGAGUAAAUAACAUUUAACUAUAAAAAAAUAGAUCAUCUAUCAAUUAACAUGAAGAGGAUUAAAUUUUGAGAUGUGAGAUUAUAAGAUUUAAUUUUAAUUAAGUUUCUUAAGUUGAAAUAAAAAUAGUCAAGAUAACUAAAUAAAAGGGAGAACUCAGUUUAUUAGUUGAUGAUAUAUAAAUUAGUAUAAUGGGUAAACAAAAAGAAAAUUUAUUAGUUAUGCCAGUAAAAGAAUAAGGAGGAUAAAGAGCUAAAUAUGCUUUACAUAUUAAUUUAUCAUUUUAAAAUUCAUAUCCUUUGAUAAAAGCAUAAGUAGAAUAGGCUAAAAUAUUAUUAUCAUAAUAAAAAGUAUAAGAUUUAUUAAUUGCUAUUAAUAGUUUUUAUCUUAUAAACAUAGAGGAAACUAUUUCAUUAAAAUAACAUUUAUUAAAGUAUAUUUUUUAAUAAGAACUGUAUAUCAUUGAUAGCAAGCAAAAAUAAGUUAAUAUAUUUGUCAAUCAAAUAAACAAUUAUAAAAAACCUUAUAAAUUUGCUUCAGAACUUAUAAUUGAUUCAUUGAUUGUCAAAUUACAAGAAUAAGAAAAAGACUUUUUUUUAUUUUAAUUUUAUUCAAUUUACUUAAAUAAAAAGAAUCAAACCAAUCUUUAACUAUCAAUAUAAUAAAUAGAAAUGAAACCAUAAAAUUUAGAAGGAGAACAUAUUAUAUAUCAAAAUCUAAUUGAACCUAUUGAUAAUAAAUAAACUGUUGUUUUCAAUUUAGAAAAUAAAAUAAUUUCAAUUAGAAAUAUGAAAUUUUAUUUAAUUUCUAGAUAUAUCAAUGAACUUUAAGCAUUUAAAUAAAGAGUAGAAACUAUAUUAUAGAAAAAUUUGGAUGAAUUAAAAGAAAAAUACUAAAAAGAUUUCGAUUUAUAAUUAUAAAUAAAACAUGAAGAAGAUUUUCUAAAAGAGAAAGAUAAUUUUAAUUAUUAAAUUGAAAUAAAGAAUUCUUAAUUUGUACUUCCAGAAACAUCAUAAGAUAAUAAUUUUCUUAUUGCUACAUUUAAGAGUGGACAUAUCUAUUUAAAAAAAUAAAAAAUAUAUUUAAAAUUACCAGAAAUUGAUGAUGAAUUAAUACCUAAUUAAUAAUCAAUAAAUGAAUCUUUAUUUAUUGAUUAUAAAGAGUAAAUAUAACCAGAAAAUGGAGAAUUUUAUGUAAUUAAUGUUUUUGGUUGUUUUGAUAAUGUUUUGGUUAAGUAUUAAGUUUAAAACAAUCUAAAAAUUGGAGAAUUAUUACAAGCUGGUAUAAAAUAUAAAUAUACAUAUUAGAAUAAAUAACUACAAAUAUGGAUAUUCCAAGUUUUGAAUAACAUUGUGGUUAAUCGAAAUGGAAAUUUAAAGAUUAAUGUAAAUUAGAAAUAAAUAAAUUGAAAAUGAAUCUUGAUUUAGGAAAAUUAAUGAAAAUUUAAAGUUUCUUCAAGAAGAAUCAAAAUGAAAUAUCACCUCUGUUCAAUUUUUAGAAAUCUCUUCUAUAAAAGAUAAAUUUCGAAGUAUUCUUAAUUUAAUUAAUUUUAAGAUUAAAUUUAACGAUAGCAUACUUGCUUUAACUAGAUAUUAAUAAGGUGAUCCAGAUAAAAUACGUUAAAUUAAAGAAAAAUCAAAAGUUUAUAAUAUAUAAGCAAGAAAAAGUAAAAAUUUUUCUCCUCAAAAUUAAAAAAACUGA